ACACACACACACACACAGUAGGCCACUUCCUGCUCAUUUGUCGUUGGCGGUUUUGAUGACAUCCGGGUAGAAUAAUUACCACCAAAAAAAAGUGAGAAAAGUCAGUGCACCGACUCUACAAAGAAGCACGAAGGGGACAGUAACGCAACAGAUGAGUGAUGGAGCCUCAACAGAUCAGAGAGGGCUACUUGGUGAAAAAGGUUUGACCAAAGUAACACCCAGUACCUUACGGUAGUUGGUCCAAAUCUGAAAGAUUCUUUCUUCAACAUAAAAAGAGAUUGACAGAGGUCGAGAGGUUGAAAAUGGGGAGGCGAUGGAGAGACGACAGAACAUUUACGCCAAUGCAGCAUUUGAAAUUUGAUGAGUUAAAAUCUGAAAUGUCGAGUAGCUCACUGUUGAACUACUGGACGGCUGUAUGGGUGGUGUUGUCUGAAGACGGGUUGGAAUUCUACAAGAAGAAAACAGACCAGUCUCCCAAAGGAAUGAUCCCACUUAAGGGAGCUGCAAUCAUCAGUCCUUGUCAGGACUGUGGCAACAGAACGUUGGUGUUCAAGAUCACCACGCACAAGAAACAGGAGCAUUUCUUCCAAGCGUCGCACGUGGAGGAGAGGGAAGUGUGGGUGAAGGACAUCAAGGGGGCUGUUCGGUGCCUGCAAGGGGGCAAGAGGUUUGCCAGGAAGUCCACCAGACGCUCCAUUCGCCUGCCCGACACCAUCAACCUGACUGAGCUGUAUACUCAGCUGAGAGACCAGGAUGAAGGGGUCAAGGAGUUGAAACUGGAGAGAGAGAACAGAAUCUUCAACCACUGCUUCACUGGUUCAACGGUGGUGGAGUGGCUCGUUUCCAAGGAGAAAGCCAGGAACAGGCCCGAGGCGCUCAUGUUAGCCACAGGGCUCCUAAACGAGGGCUUCUUGCAGCCCGCCGGCGAUCUUUCAAAGGAUGGUGCGGUGAGCGGGGAGAAGUCCGUCUUGUUGGAUCAGACCGAUGCUCUUUACUACUUUGCGGACAGCGGAUUUUUCUGCGAAGGCUACUCCAGUGACGAGGACACUCUUGUCAAGGAAGAAUUCAGAGGGAAUAUCGUUAAACAAGGCUGUUUGCUGAAACAGGGCCACAAGAGAAAAAACUGGAAAGUCCGGAAAUUCAUUUUGAGGAGUGACCCUGCCUAUAUGCAUUACUACAACCCCACCAAGGGUGAUGACCCCCUGGGGUCCAUCUACCUGCGGGGCUCCGUGGUCACGGCUGUGGAUUUUGUGCCCGACGCCAAAAGAUACGACGUGGACGGCAACCUUUUUGAAAUCAUCACCUCUGAUGAAAGGCACUACUUCCUGCAGGCGGCCACUGCCGAGGAGAGAAAGGAGUGGAUCGAAGCCGUUCAAGAGGUGUCCAAAAGUGGGAAUUAGAAUUGGUCUGCAGGCUCUCGUUUAUGGAUGGAGGUGCUCGAUAGCAAAGGGAGAAGUGUGUGCAUUUUCUCACAACUUCAAGGUUGCGUUCGAGUCAUCUGAAAAUUGUAGUCCAAGGAGCACUGCGAUACUGCCUCAUGUUUCGCUUCUCAUUUCCGUUUUCAUGAAGUUAGAGAUAGUGUGCUAUCAUAUAAGCACAUGCAUGUGUACGGAAUUCCUGGCUGGGAACGUGGGAGUGUAUUAAUCCGUAAAUGUCUGCCCCUUACUUUAUUUUAGUCAUUAAAUAAUGCUUGAGCUUCAUUGUAAUGAGUGUAUUUAAUAUUUCUAGAGGGAAUUUUAGUCAUAAUCUCACUGUAUAUGUUAAUGAGCCGUUGUCAUGUGUCCACUUUGCGUUGGAUUAAAAGCACAAAUAACCUCA